CGGCAGCGAUGCGCAUAUGCAGUCUGCUGCUCGAACGCAUCACAGUGAACUGCAUCUGACAGCUUGCCAGGUUGGAGCAAGAGAAAAACAUCACACACAAGAGAGUAAAGCCGACCCGUGGAACAAACCCGCUGUAUUUUCACAAACCGAGCAUCAUCCAAAUCCACCCGGUAGAGACAAUAAAGAAAAGAAAGGAGGGAUCUUUCGCGGUUACCGUCCUCCCACAAAGCUCGUAUGUAUGGAAGGAUAAUGUUUCUGUUUUAACGCCCCAGAUGAUUGCGUACCAGGGGUAGCUAUUGAAAUACGCAAAAACCUGCCGCUUCGUUGGAUUUUCCUCUGAGACUGAGGCCAUGAAUUCCGCGGAGCAGACGGUCACCUGGCUGAUCACACUCGGGGUGCUGGAGUCGCCGAAAAAGACUAUAUCGGAUCCAGAGGCAUUUUUACAGACCUCCCUCAAAGAUGGGGUGGUCUUGUGUAGACUGCUGGAGCGGCUGAGCCCGGGCUCCAUGGACAAAAUCUACCAAGAACCGAAGAACGACGGCGAGUGCUUGAGCAACAUAAAGGAGUUUCUCAAAGGCUGCACUUCGUUUCGCGUAGAGGUGUUUGAGCCCAGUGAUCUGCUCCUAGGACUGAACUUCUCCAGGAUACUCAGCAGUCUGGUGGCUCUCAACAAAGUGACUGCAGACAUUGGAGUGGGCAGUGACAGUGUCUGUGCCCGUCACUCGUCAGCCCAUCGGAUCAAGUCGUUUGAGUCUCUGGUCUCCCAGUCAUCACUGGGUCGAUCCUCCAAGCUGCUUCAGAACCAGUUCCGCAGCCUGGACAUGUCUGAGGGCAGCGGGACGCAGCUAUUGGUCAAGGCUCGCUUCAACUUUGAACAAACCAAUGAGGACGAGCUGUCCUUCAACAAGGGCGAUGUCAUCAACGUGACACGCCAGGAGGAGGGCGGCUGGUGGGAGGGGAACUUCAACGGCAAGACCGGCUGGUUCCCUAGCAACUAUGUCCGUGAGAUCAAAGGCUGUGACAAACAAGUGUCCCCCAAAUCUGGGACCCUCAAGAGCCCCCCAAAAGGCGUUGACACUACGGCCAUUAGCAAGACCUAUUACAAUCUGGUGCUACAGAACAUUCUAGAAACAGAGACAGAAUAUUCCAAGGACCUCCAGAGCCUUCUGACCAACUACCUGCGAUCACUCCAGAGCACAGAGAAACUGAGCAGUACAGAUGUGUACUUGAUCCUGGGGAACCUGGAGGAUAUCAACACCUUCCAGCAGAUGCUCGUCCAAUCAUUGGAGGAGUGCACCAAACUUCCAGAGAGCCAGCAGAGGGUAGGGGGCUUCUUCAUGAACCUGAUGCCCCAGAUGAAGGCUCUCUACGUGGGUUACUGCUCCAACCACCCCUCGGCAGUCAACGUGCUCACCCAGCACAGUGAGGAGCUGGGGGAGUUUAUGGAGGGGAAGGGAGCCAGUAGUCCAGGUAUCCUGACCCUGACCACAGGUCUCAGUAAACCCUUCAUGAGGCUGGACAAAUACCCCACACUAACGAAGGAACUGGAGAGACACAUGGAGGAGAGUCACCCCGACUGGUCAGACAUUCAGAAGUGUAUGACAACGUUCAAGAGCCUCUCAGCCCAGUGCCAGGAGGUGAGGAAGAGGAAGGAGCUGGAGCUGCAGAUAGUGACUGAGUCCAUCAGGCUGUGGGAGGGAGACGACAUCAGGACACUGGGCUCUGUUCUCUACAUGAGUCAGGCUCUGGUUAACAGCCCUGGAGCAGAGGAGAAGUGUGAGCGCUACCUCAUGCUUUUCCCUCAUGUCCUCCUCAUGCUGUCUGCCAGUCCAAGGAUGAGUGGCUUCAUAUUCCAGGGGAAGCUACCAUUGACUGGUAUGACUGUGACCACGCUAGAGGACAGUGAUGCCCACAAAAACUCCUUUGAGCUUUCUGGCAGUCUAUUUGAACGUCUCCAGGUUGUGUGUAACAAUCAGCAGGAUCAGCAGGACUGGGUAGACCACCUGACCCGUCAGACCAAACACACCACUGUCCCCAGCCACAAACCACUCACUGUCCCCUGUCACACGUUGCCCUCCCACCCUCUGACUCCGUCCCGUCACGCGGAGGGCCGGGCGAUGACGGUGGCUCCUGCCUACCACACCCUGCCCCACCCCUCCUCCCACGGGGCUCCACACAGCACCAUGAUGUGGGGGCCCCUGGAGCCCCCUAACACCCCCAAGCCCUGGAGCCUCAGCUGCCUGCGCCCCUCACCCCCUCUCAGGCCCUCUGCAGCUCUCUCCUACAAGGAGGACCUCAGUAAAAGCCCUAAGAGUGUGAAGAAGCUUCUUCCUAAACGUAAACCAGAGAGAAAACAGUCAGAUGAGGAGUUUGCCCUGAGGAAGAGUACAGCUGCUCUAGAGGAAGAUGCUCAGAUCCUAAAGGUGAUAGAAGCUUACUGUACCAGCGCCAAGACCAGACAGACCCUCAACUCCACCUGGCAGGGCACUGACCUGAUGCACAACCACGUGCUGGGGGACUUGGACCGGUCCUGUGUGGACUCUCCAGGCCACCGUAGCAGCGUGUCACGGCCUGACGUGACUGGCUCAGACCUGUCGGAAGACUCUGACUACGACUCUGUGUGGACGGCCCACAGUUACAGGAUGGGCUCAGUGUCGCGGGCGAUGCGGAGGGACACAGGGCUGCAAGUCAUCAUCCCUGGAGAGGAGAAGAUCAUUGUGGAGGAGACCACGAGCAACGGACAGACUGUAGUCGGAGAGAAGAGCCUCGAGGAUGUAGUGUACGCCCUGAGGGACGAGGUACAGGAGCUCAAACAGGACAAUAAGAAGAUGAAGAGGUCACUGGAGGAGGAGCAGAGGGCACGGAAAGAUCUGGAGAAAGUGGUCAGGAGGGUCUUAAAGACUAUGAACGACCCCACCUGGGACGAGACUAACUUAUGAGGUGUGUGUGUGCAUAUGAGAUGGUGUGUGUGUGUGUGUGUGUGUGUGUGUGUGUGUGUGUGUGUGUGUGUGUGUGUGUGUGUGUGUGUGUGUGUGUGUGUGUGUGUGUGUGUGUGUGUGUGUGUGUGUGAUGGAGAAACGUGUGUGAGUGUGAAUGACUGUUUGCUUGCGGAAACGUGGUUGUGUGUGUGUGUGUGUGUGUGUGUAGAACUAGGACCCUGAGUUUUCCCCGGUCAGGUCACAUGGCUAGGAAAAAGUUGUGGCUCCACCUAUAACAAUGAGGAACGUCUGUGGAUCUCUCCCUAAACCAACAUGGACCUGGAGUCUUCCCUCUCUCCCUCCCUCCGUCUCUGUUUACAAAUGAUACUCAGCAAAGCAUUACAGCUCUAAUGGUACUGUACAAAAACAACUCCUCAUUCACCUCUUCUCUACUGUUAUUUAAUUACUAUGAAAUCUAUCCAUUUUAAUGUCUUAUAUUUCCAUUGUCUUGUGGUCUUCUGUGUAAGGACUUGUAGCGGCCUGCCUUGUGGUUGGGCCUUGUGUUGUCAUUGACCGGUGGGUCAGAAGGGAUUUGUACAGAAAUGGACUGGCUGGUGUUGGUACUAACUGGUAUUUGUACCUUCUGGCAUUGGUACUGACUGGUAUUGAUAUUGGUACUGACUGGUAUUUAUAUUGGUAUUGGUACUGACUGGUAUUGAUAUUGAUAUUGGUACUGACUGGUAUUGAUAUUGGUACUGACUGGUAUUGAUAAUGAUAUUGGUACUGACUGGUAUUUAUAUUGGUAUUGGUACUGACUGGUAUUGAUAUUGAUAUUGGUACUGACUGGUAUUGGUAUUGGUACUGACUGGUAUUGAUAAUGAUAUUGGUACUGACUGGUAUUGAUAUUGGUAUUGGUACUGAUUGGUAUUUAUAUUGGUAUUGGCACUGACUGGUAUUGAUAUUGAUAUUGGUACUGACUGGUAUUUAUAUUGGUAUUGGUACUGACUGGUAUUUAUAUUGGUAUUGGUACUGACUUGUAUUUAUAUUUAUAUUGCUACUGACUGGUAUUGAUAUUGGUACUGACUGGUAUUGGUAAUGGUACUGACUGGUAUUGGUAAUGGUACUGACUGGUAUUGGUAUAGGUACUGACUGGUAUUGAUAUUGGUAUUGGUACUGGCUGGUAUUGGUAUUGGUACUGAUUGGUAUUGGUACUGAUUGGUAUUGGUACUGACUGGUAUUGAUAUUAGUAUUGGUACUGACUGGUAUUGAUAUUAGUAUUGGUACUGACUGGUAUUGAUAUUAGUAUUGGUACUGACUGGUAUUGGUAUUGGUACUGGCUGGUAUUGGUAUUGGUAAUGACUGGUAUUGGUAUUGGUACUGACUGGUAUUGGUAUUGGUACUGACUGGUAUUGGUACUGGCUGGUAUUGAUAUUGAUAUUGGUACUGACUGGUAUUUAUAUUGGUAUUGGUACUGACUGGUAUUGGUACUGACUGGUAUUGAUAUUGGUACUGACUGGUAUUGUUAUUGGUACUGACUGGUAUUGGUAUUGGUACUGACUGGUAUUGAUAUUGGUAUUGGUACUGACUGGUAUUGUUAUUGGUACUGACUGGUAUUGGUAUUGGUACUGACUGGUAUUGAUAUUGGUAUUGGUACUGACUGGUAUUGAUAUUGGUAUUGGUACUGACUGGUAUUGAUAUUGGUACUGAAUGGUAUUGAUAUUGGUACUGACUGGUAUUGAUAUUGAUACCGGCUGGUAUUGAUAUUGGUACUGACUGGUAUUGAUAUUGCUACUGGCUGGUAUUGAUAUUGGUACUGACUGGUAUUGAUAUUGGUACCGGCUGGUAUUGAUUUUGAUACAGGCUGGUAUUGAUUUUGGUACUGACUGGUAUUGAUAUUGGUAUUGGUACUGAUUGGUAUUUAUAUUGGUAUUGGUACUGACUGGUAUUGAUAUUGAUAUUGGUACUGACUGGUAUUUAUAUUGGUAUUGGUACUGACUGGUAUUUAUAUUGGUAUUGGUACUGACUGGUAUUGAUAUUGGUACUGACUGGUAUUGGUACUGACGGGUAUUGAUAUUGGUACUGACGGGUAUUGAUAUUGGUACUGACGGGUAUUGAUAUUGGUACUGACGGGUAUUGAUAUUGGUACUGACGGGUAUUGAUAUUGGUACUGAAGGGUAUUGAUAUUGGUACUGACUGGUAUUGAUAUUGGUACUGACUGGUAUUGAUAUUGGUAUUGGUACUGACUGGUAUUGAUAUUGGUAUUGGUACUGACUGGUAUUGAUAUUGUUACUGACUGGUAUUGAUAUUGAUAUUGCUACUGACUGGUAUUGAUAUUGGUACUGACUGGUAUUGGUAUUGGUACUGACUGGUAUUGGUAUUGGUACUGACUGGUAUUGGUACUGGCUGAUAUUGGUACUGGCUGAUAUUGGUAUUGGUACUGAUUGGUAUUGGUACUGAUUGGUAUUGGUACUGACUGGUAUUGAUAUUAGUAUUGGUACUGACUGGUAUUGAUAUUAGUAUUGGUACUGACUGGUAUUGAUAUUAGUAUUGGUACUGACUGGUAUUGAUAUUGGUACUGACUGGUAUUGGUACUGACGGGUAUUGAUAUUGGUACUGACUGAUAUUGAUAUUAGUAUUGGUACUGACUGGUAUUGAUAUUGGUACUGACUGGUAUUGGUACUGACGGGUAUUGAUAUUGGUACUGACUGGUAUUGAUAUUAGUAUUGGUACUGACUGGUAUUGGUAUUGGUACUGGCUGGUAUUGGUAUUGGUACUGACUGGUAUUGGUAUUGGUACUGGCUGGUAUUGAUAUUGAUAUUGGUACUGACUGGUAUUGAUAUUGGUACUGACUGGUAUUGGUACUGACGGGUAUUGAUAUUGGUACUGACUGGUAUUGAUAUUGGUAUUGGUACUGACUGGUAUUGAUAUUGGGACUGACUGGUAUUGAUAUUGGUAUUGGUACUGACUGGUAUUGAUAUUGGUACUGACUGGUAUUGAUAUUGGUACUGAAUGGUAUUGAUAUUGGUACUGACUGGUAUUGAUAUUGAUACCGGCUGGUAUUGAUAUUGGUACUGACUGGUAUUGAUAUUGAUAUUGGUACUGGCUGGUAUUGACUGGUAUUGAUAUUGGUAUUGACUGGUAUUGAUAUUGGUAUUGGUACUGACUGGUAUUGAUAUUGAUAUUGGUACUGACUGGUAUUGAUAUUGGUAUUGGUACUGACUGGUAUUGAUAUUGGUAUUAAUACUGGCUGGUAUUGGUACUGACUGGUAUUGGUACUGACUGGUAUUGAUAUUGGUAUUAAUACUGGCUGGUAUUGAUAUUGGUAUUAAUACUGGCUGGUAUUGAUUUUGGUAUUAAUACUGGCUGGUAUUGGUACUGACUGGUAUUGGUACUGACUUGUAUUGAUAUUGAUAUUAAUACUGGCUGGUAUUGAUAUUGGUAUUAAUACUGGCUGGUAUUGGUACUGACUGGUACUGGUACGCUUUGAUGUAAAUAUGAACAUUGCUGAGGUAUGAAAUAAAAUGUGUUUUUAGCGACUCCAAACCUCGUCCUUGUACUGCAGAAAGACUGAUGAUGACGAUGAUGAUGAUGAAUUGAAUUUACGUAGCGCUUUCCAGGUGCUCAAAGCACUUUACAUUCAUACCUCAUGUACCACCAAUGUGCAACACCCACCUAGGUGAUGCCACGCUAGCCGCUCUGCAGCAGAAAGCUCACCGUACAUCCGCUACUAUCCGUCUGUGUACUGUAUCUCUAACUGGUGUCAGUGUCUCAUAGCCUCUCUGUCACCCAGCGUAUCAUGAGUCACCAAGCAGGUAAUGAACCAGGUUGAUGCUUCAGGACCACAUGUAGUAUGCAUGCAUCCCAAGUGGCACUCUGGGCUCUAGUCAAAGUAGUGCACUAUAAAAGGAAUAGGGUGCCAUUUGAGACGUAAUCUUCUCUGAUAAACACAAGCUAACAUGUCUGAGUACAGGCUGGGUGCCAGGGGCCUCUGGGAGAUCUGAUCAUGUUCUGUAGGGGGGCUGUAGUCUGCCUGAAAGGUAAGAAUGACAUUUGAAAGGGGAGAUCAGGACAUGACAUUCUACAGGUAUUUAUGAGGCAACGUGAUAUGAAGGCUUGGGAGCAGGAUGAUAACAACAACCAGGAUGGCGAUCCAAAGGAAGGGAGGUUGGUUCUCUCUCUCUCUCUCACACACACACACACACACACACACACACACACACACACACACACACACACACACACACACACACACACACACACACACACACCACACACACACACCACACACCACACACCACACACCACACACCACACACACACACACACUGCCAACAAUUUAAGCAGGGAAGCAUGGGGUGAUGAAGAUAUCUUCUCCUUUCUCUCACUCCUUUGGCAAGUAAGUUGUGUGUGUGAUUAUAUCCCACCUUAUCGAUGUGACAAGCCUAUCAAAGACCUUUGUGUGGUCUGACUCUCCUGCUUUGGUUUCUAAAGGAAAAGGCUCUAAUUCUGCUGGUGUCGCCUCAAAGGCUCAAAUGUCAUCCUUUAUCAACGUACCGCCAUCACCUUGUUCCCUGAUUGGUACUGGCUAAAGUCACACUUUGUCUUCUGUUUAACUAUACCUGCAUAAAUACAAAGGAACAUAAAACCUAGAUUUUUCCACUGUAACACCCAGAUCUAACACUCAGAUUGAUGCUAGCCAGGACAGGUUUACUUUCUAUUCUACACUGAGCAAAAAUAUAAAUGCAAAUGGCAAAAAUUUCAGAGCUACAGUUCAUAUAAGGAAAUCAGUCAAUUGAAAUAAAUGAAUUAGGCCCUAAUCUAUGGAUUUCACGAUUAGGAAUACAGAUAUGCAUCUGUUGAUGACAGAUAUCUUAAAAAAAAGGUAAGGGCGUGGAUCAGAAAACCAGUCAGUAUCUGGUGCGACCACCAUUUGGCACAACACAUCUCCUUCACAUAGAGUUGAUCGGGCUGUUGAUUGUGGCCUUCGGAAUGCUGUCCGUCUCCUCUUCAAUGACUGCAUGAAGUUGCUGGAUAUUGGCGGGAACUGGAAAACACUGUCGUACACGUCGAUCCAUAGCAUCCCAAACAUGCUCAAUAGGUGACAUGUCUGAGUAUGCAGGCCAUGGAAGAACUAAGACAUUUUCAGCUUCCAGGAAUUCUGUAAAGAUCCUUGCGACAUGGGGCCGUGGAUUAUCAUUCUGAAACAUGAGGUGAUGGCGGUGGAUGAAUGGCACAACAAUGGACCUCAGGAUCUCGUCAAGGUAUCUCUGUGCGUUCAGAUUGUCGUUAAUUAAAUGCAAUUGUGUUCGUUGUACAUAGCUUAUACCUGCCUGCCCAUACCAUAACCCAUCUGCCACCAUGGGGCACUCUGUCCACAACAUUGACAUCAACAACCCGUUCGCCCACACGCCACCAUACACACUGUCUGCCAUCUGCCCGGUACAGUUGUAACCGGGAUUCAUCGGUGAAGAGCACACUUCUCCAGCGUUCCAUCGAUGGUUAGCAUUUGCCCACUGACGUCGGUUACGAUGUCUAACUGCAGUCAGGUCAAGACUCUGGUGAGCACGCAGAUGAGCUUCCCUGAGACGGUUUCUGACAGUUUGUGCAGAAAUUCUUUGGUUGUGCAAACCCAUAGUUCUAUCAGCUGUUCGGGUGGCUGGUCUCACAGGUGAAGAACCCGGAUGUGGAGGUCCUGGGCUGGCGGUCUGCGUUUGUGAGUCUGGUUGGACUUACUGCCAAAUUCUCUAAAACGACAUUGGAGGCAGUUUAUGGUAGAGAAAUGGACAUUAACUUAUCUGGCAACAGCUCUGGUGGACGUUCCUGCAGUCAGCAUGCCAAUUGCACGCUCCCUCAACUUGAUACAUCUGUGGCAUUGUGUUCUGUGACAAAAUUGCACAUUUUAGUGGCCUUUUAUUGUCCCAGUACAAGGUGCACCUGUGUAUUGAUGAUGCUGUUUAAUCAGCUUCUUGAUAUGCCACACCUGUCAGGUGGAUGGAUUAUCUUGGCAAAGGAGAAAUGCUCACUAACAGGGAUGUCAACAAAUUUGUGCAUAACAUUUGAGAGAAAUAAGCUUUAUGUGCAUAUGAAGAAUUUCGGGGAUCUUUUAUUUCAGCUCACUUUACAUGUUGAAUUUAUAUUUUUGUUCAGUGUAUUUACAGUUUACACAUUGGAAGAAACUGUGAAGAAGAAAUUGUCUUAGUCCCAUUGUUCAUCUUUGACCUGGCAUAAUCCUCUCUCUCUCUCUCCUUUCUCAUUUUCUUUAUUUUCUUUCUUUUUCUUUCUUUCCUUCUUUCUUUCUUUUUCUCUGUUUCCCUCUGCUUUCUUAGAGAGAGAGUGGCAGCUUGUCACUGACAGGGCCACAAUGUGCCCUUGACUAUUGUAGAGUUCUGUUAAAGCAUCAAGGUGUCUCUCGCUCACGUCUUCUUUCUUUCUUUUUCUCUAUUUUCAAAGCUGUAAAUCAAUCAGCUGUGGGAACACACACACUUUCCUCUCCUCUCUGUCUAUUCAACGGCCAGUGAUCAUUUAGAGUUGACAUGUAUUGUGAAGAACUGAGCUGCUCUUUCUUAUUCUCUCCUCCUUUCUCUUUCAACUGUCUGUCAUUCAUGUCCAGGCCAAUAUACACACACCAAAAAGAAGAAAGCGAAGAAACGGAAGGAUAAAUUGAUGGAUGGAAGGAUAAGCGAAAGAAACUAUCCUUCUCUUUAAAGCUCAACUUUAGGGCAGAGUAAGCUCUGUGGCUGAGUGUAGUCUGUCAGAGCAAACUGAGAGGGCAAAAGGGAGAGGCAGGAGAGCUGAUGAGGUGCUUGUAACUGGACCUGCUUCUCCUUGCUUUGGAAUGUGACUCCCUCAAUUCAAGAAGCUUCAAUGACUCAAUCACUGAUGGGAUACUUCUCUCACUAAGAAUAUCAGGUGGAAUUAAAUCUGACAAAGACUCUUUGAUUGAAAUGGGAGUGCAGCAAUGGGAGCAGAGCAUCCAAAUUCUCCAGCAUGUGGUCUCCUCUCCAGCUCCCAUCAACCCCCAGGAGAAGAUGAAGGGAGCUUUGAGUCUCUCAGGCGGAAGGUUGAAGCACACCCCCAACACCCAGACAGAUGUGCUAAAGACAGAAUAUUCAAAGGACCUCGAGAGCCUUCAGACCAACUACUCUCCAGAGCACAGACAAACAAUCGACUUUGGAUAUAUGUACGGGUGUCCAGUAUGAUGACUGCCAUGGGGGACAGUCCAUGGAUCACCGUGGAGACCUGUGAUUGACAGACAGGCACUAGCCCCCGUCUGGCUGGCUGGCUGGCUGGCUGGCAGGCCGUCAUUACGAUGAGCAGGAGCAGAUUUGCUAUGCUGGCGACAGGACCGCACGGGAAAUGUCAAUGACCAUCAGAGCCCCAGACAGACUUCCUCCCCUCCCCCAAGUACCUUACCUAAUGUCAGCUAAUGUCCAUGCUCGUCAUCCAGACCCUCGGUACCAUCAACACAGCUUCACAUGCUUCAUCUACACUCAUUAUCAAACCACAUGCACACAAAGCACUCUACCCCUGUAUACUUUGUCCAACAACUUAACACGCCUCACCCAAACCCCCACAUGGCUCACCCAUCCCGCACAUAUUUCACCCCAACCCCUAUGUAUCACCCAACAGCCUCACACCUCAUCCAACCACCACAGUACUUCACUCCUUAUGUGCGUCACCCAUUGCCCUUCCUUGCCCUUUUUUCCCACAUACCUCAUCCCAAGCCCCACACAUCAGCCCCCCCCCCUCGUCCGUCACCCCCCGUCACCCCCCAUGCACCUCAGCCAGCCUCCUAUAUUAAUACCUUGUCUGCCUCUAUUGGCCUAUGUCCCAGCAGCACUCUGCAUGUUAACAUUUCAAAAUUCCUCCAAUUGUGACUAAGAAAUAUUCUCUUGCCUUCAGUCUAUGUGAACAGCCAGUCUGCCCUGCAUGCCAGACAGCUAGCUAGAACAUCACGUGUGGCCAGUUCUGAGACAGACUGGCACUCUGACAGGCACCCUGACCAGAGUAAGUGCCUCUCACACAUAUUACAGCAGUUUAAUGCAGUUUGGCAGGACACUGCCAACAAGAUAAGCCAAUGCCUGGCAAGCUGACUGACCCCGAUAAGAUAAGGAGAGAAUAGAAGGAAUAUGACAUUGAGAUCAUGUGUAAGUGAAAAAGGUUUCAGUAAUUCUUUUCUCUUUCCUUAAGUGUUUUUUCUGCAAACGUACACACAGUGCAAACGUUUAGGAAAUCUGUUCCAAGGUAUCUCUCUAGUAAAGUCUUAACAGUCAUCCUUCUCCUCUCCGGGCCCAGACACAGUGUCAUAUUAAUGUUGGUGUUAUUCAGAGCUCUGCUGCCUUGAAUGAUACCACAAAAGUAAAUAAACACAUUCAAAUGGCUUGCUGUCGCCUCUCAUUGGCGCCACAGGAGAAAAUCUCAGUUUCAUUAGAUAGGAAAUUAAAAUGAAGGGUAAUUGUAGAGUACAAGGAGGAAAGGUGAGGAAAACUUUCUGUGAGACCACAAUCUAACUAUAAUACAUAUAAUCACUCAUUGAAAUUGUUUUUUAUUUAUUUGAAUUCUGUUCCUCCAGCCUGGGAUUUUUUUAAAUUCCUGCCAUUGAUCUAGAAGCUGCUUGAAGCAGUGGGAGAGAGGGUUAAGAUCUGUGGUAUGGAAAUACUGGGCAGAAGUUAUGAAUGAGGCAAUCAAAAAAAUGAAUAGGUAAAUCAAUGAAGCAUUCAAUGUGCAUCAACAUUGACUUAGUCAAGCGGUCAUCUUUGUGGUCUUGUAUUAUUGAUUUUAUAUCAACGUAUCAAGUUGAAAUCUAAAUUAUCUUUGCUUCUGUACAUUUUGAGGAUUGACUGAAAAUCUGUCCCUUGCAUUAGAAAUAAAAUGCAAUGCAAAAUAAA